UAUGGUUUGAACCGCCAUUUUGUAUUUAGCAAAGAUAGGAACACAUGUUCUUAUUUACUUGACAUUCGAGAAUACUAGACAUUCAUUUGAAAUGUUAGAAGAUUACGUUUAAUAUAACAAGAAAGCAUAUAUAUUAAUAUACAAAAUGACACAAAAUGAAUCAAUCAUGACAAAGAUACAAAAAGUAGAAGAUACAUUAAAUGAAUCUAUGUAUAAAUUAGAUAUGCUGACAAAAAAACUUAAGACAAAAUUACUCACAAUGGAAACUCGUGAAGAGUUGGAAACACAAUUAGAAGAAAUUAAAGAGAUUAACGCAAUACUCGGUGAAAAUUCGAUCGAAGAAUCUUUCACGUCUUGUCCAAAAGGCGAGGAAGGCCUCGAAUGCAGAAGAGCUGAGGCCAGGCGAUCCGUCGACUGUCCUCAAGGUGAUUGCUAUUGCUACAAUUGUGCUGCAGCUGGUCCUGAGUUAUGGGCAUCCUGUUGUCGUGAAAGCUUGCGAUGCUGUUCGCAUCUUGCAGCGGCAUGUCGUACCUGCGACCAUCCAACACUAUACCCGUUUUGCUCAAAACACUUUAAAAAAUGUCUUGUCGAAUUGAAAAAACAAAAUUAACAUCCGUUCUUUACGAUACGAUUAAUUUUCAUUACAAGGACAAAUAUCGAAUGAAACAUAAGAAAAUAGGACUAAUAGGUUAUAACAAUUUCUAAGCAUUGAAUUAGAAAUAAGAGAAAGAAUAUUUCAACAAAAUGAAGAUACAUUUUAAAAACACGGUUAACAAUUGUAACCAUGACCAAAUUUUAUAAUAUUUUUACAUAACUAUAAAUUAAAUCCGUACAAAAUGAUAACACGAAUGAAAUUCGCGUAGGUUAAGUUAAUCGACAAUCGUAUCUUGCAUAAGUUGAAAGUUUUACGCCGAGUUUCUAAAUAUAGCGCUUAUCUUUCGACCCGUUAAACUGGUCCCCGUUUCAAUUUUUUUUGUGCUACGUUACAUUACGUACCAGAUAGACGCGAAACGUGAGAUGCCGUGAUAAAUCGUACCUGAACUCAUGUAAAACUCUAAAACUCGUGUAACUUUUUUUUUUUUUUUUUCUUUCGCGAAAUAUCGAAGAGGAAGAGGAAACAACGGUGAAUUCAUUGAUAGAGAAGCAAUAGAAAGGAAGACAUAUUCGAUAUGUCCGUAAUAACAGAUUAGACAAUAAGAUAACGUUUUUACUAUGUACAGAAAAAAAAAAUCAAUAAAAAAGAAAAGAAUAAGAACAAAA